CUGUAGUUUGUUGUAGUUUUCGGGACGCCGGGGAAGUUGAAGACGCAGAAGAAGAAUCAGAAACAGGAGAAGAAAAGUGCCGGAGGUUGCUGAGUCAUAAUAAUCAGAGUUCAGGUGAGACGGUUGUUGUCGCGCGGGGUGAAGAUGGACUCGGCGGCGCGGGAGAUCGACGGCAGCGUGAUGGAGGGAGGCGGACAGAUCCUGAGAGUGACCGCGGCGCUCAGCUGCAUCACCGGAUCCGCAGUGAAGAUCAGUAAGAUCCGAGCCGGCAGGAGCUCCCCGGGGCUCAGACCUCAGCACAUGAGCGGCCUGCAGCUGGUCUCAGAUCUGUGUUCUGGCAGCCUGCAGGGAGCCACCAUCGGCUCCACAGACAUCAGUCUGACUCCAGGAAAGAUCCGCUCUGGAAACCACACAGCCGACACACAGACAGCAGGGAGUGUGUGUCUGCUGCUGCAGGUGGCUCUCCCCUGCGCUCUGUUCGCUGACGCCUCCUCACAGCUCUGUCUGAAGGGAGGAACCAACGCAGAGAUGGCUCCUCAGAUCGACUACACAGUCAAGGUUUUCAAACCGAUCGUGGAGAGGUUUGGAGUCCACUUCGACUGUGACGUCAGAAUGAGGGGGUACUACCCUAAAGGUGGGGGGGAGGUGAUGGUGACGGUGAACCCGGUCAAAGAGCUGCAGCCGGUCGUCAUGACGGAGAGAGGAAACAUCACGAAAAUCUACGGUCGGGCGUUUGUCGCCGGAGUCCUGCCUUAUAAACUGGCUAAAGACAUGUCGGUGGCGGCGGUCCGAACCAUCAGGAAGGAGAUCAAAGAGCUGUACAUCAACAUCCCGGCGCUGCAGGAGAAGGAGAAGGCCUACGGGAACGGCAACGGGAUCAUAAUCAUCGCAGAAUCGUCAACAGGUUGUGUGUUUGCGGGUUCGGCUCUGGGGAAGAAAGGUGUUUAUGCAGAUAAAAUCGGUAUUGAAGCUGCUGAGAUGUUGCUGAGAAACAUCCGACACAACGGCUGUGUGGACGAGUUCCUGCAGGACCAGCUCAUCAUCUUCAUGGCGUUGGCGAAGGGAACGUCUCGGAUCCGAACCGGCGCCGUGACGCUGCACACACAGACGGCCAUCCACAUGGCGGAGCAGCUGACUCAGGCAAAGUUCACGAUAACAAAGUGUGAAGACGAGACCUACAUCAUCGAGUGUGAAGGAUCAGGAGCCACUAACACACAGCUGUAGACACACACACACACACACACACACACACCUGUAGACACACACUCUUCUCAGCUGCUCCGUCAUCAUGGCCGCCACUCUCAGCUUCUCUCAGGGUGUUUCAUUGCUGUAAUAAAUUAAUAAAUCAAUAAAACAC